AUGCCAGAGGUUGAUGUUAAUCUUCAAAAGUUUUUUACUUGGUAUACGGAUGGUAUAUAUGACACUAAAGGGUGGCCUCAAAUCCUAAAGCUGAAAGACUGGCCUACAUUAAAUUCAUUUGAAGAACGGUUGCCACAUCGUGGUGUUGAAUUCAUCACUUGCUUACCCUUUAAAGAUUACACACACCCACGUGAUGGCUACCUUAAUCUUGCAAUCAAAUUGCCUGAAAAAUCUUUGAAGCCAGAUAUGGGCAAAGACAUGAUCACCAGUGUUGGAUUUCAUCUAGUAUCAUUGGAACUGAAUUUCUCUCUUUAG